UGGAAUUCGAAGCGAGAGAAAGCCGUGAACUAGGCGGGAAAAACAAAAAGGGCGUAUUGGAGGUUGCUGUGAUCCGGAAGCGAAGAACGGGUUUUUAUUAUAUAUAUGUAAUAUUAUAUGUAAGCCGAACCGGCGUGUGACAAAGUUCUAAACCAUGGAAGAUGCGGAAACGAGAUUCGUUCACCUGCUGCAACCAAUCAGGGAUAUGACCAAAAACUGGGAGGUAGAUGUAGCUGCUCAAUUGGGAGAGUACUUGGAAGAGUUGGAUCAUAUAUGCAUCUCAUUUGAUGGAGGUAAAACCACAAUGAACUUUGCAGAAGCUGCUCUCCUGAUUCAAGGAUCAGCAUGUAUCUACAGUAAAAAGGUGGAAUACCUUUAUACUUUGGUAUAUCAAGCUUUGGAUUUCAUAACAAAUAAAAAGCGGGACCAACAGCCGGCUUCUGUAGGAGCAGAUGGAGUAGACAAAGACGCACAUUUUGUGGACAACGGUGAAGAGGAGUUUCUGGCCUUGGAUGAUUUGGGGGAUCCCAAGAAAACAAAUGUGAACAUGAAGAAGGAUCAAAAUUCAAACCCUGUGAAUAUCGUUCCUCUAACACCUAUGGCUCUAGUUCCUCCUGAAGAGGUGGAAAAGAAAACUAACCCUCUGUGCAGCCGAAAGGGAGAAACUUUGGCCAGCAGGAAAGAUUUCCGUAUGAACACCUGUACCACUCACGCAUGUGGAGCUUUUAUGUUGGAGCUGGCAAUGUCACCAAUGCAGUUUAAGCAGAAUACACAAACGAUGGAGGAUGGCAACAGUUGUCCAGGUUUGAUGAAUGCAGAACAGGAAGAAAAGAAUAAUAACAUGGAGGAAGGUUGUGGUGAUCCAGUUGCAGUGUUAAACUUCUCUGAUGCCGAUGCCCCACCAAAUAAUGGGGAUGAUGUCUUUGUUCCACUAAACGAUCACCAUGAAGAAGACGAUGAAAACAUGGAACCUGCAGAAUACAUUGAACAACAACGGAUUCAAACAGAAGAGAGAGGCUAUGCUCUUCGGCAAAGAGAAGUCAAGGAAAUACCCAUCACAAAUAUGAAGGAUAACCAUUUGGACGUAUGGCGCAGUCUGGACCCCUUUAAGUCCAGUGAAGAUAAACCUUUUAAAAAAGGAAAACACUACACACUUCCUCGAGGGGUCAUCGAUGUGUCGUCAAAUAAAAGGAAGAGGAAACUUCCAAGUAAACUGCAGGAUUUCCUAACGUGGUUUUCCUCUACUAAUUGGGAUGGGGCAGAAGCUGCGAAACACAGAAAAAAAGGUCCAACGUUUGCAGAUAUGGAUGUGUUGUACUGGAAGCAUGUCAAGGAAAGACUAACCCUUCAGAAACAGCUUAAAAAAAAAAUGGGACCACUAGAUACCGAGGUAGCAGACUUGCUCGCCGAGGAAGAACCAGCUAAUCACAUGGAGGAACCACGUGACGAUUAUCUUGAUCAUGAGGAUUGCGCAGACCUUUCAGACCAUGAAGAUUUGGGGCAAAGUAUUCCAGCUAUCUUGACAGACAUGCCAGCGUGUGAAAAUAUUGAACCUAUUGACUUUGAUGGCCAGAUAUCGUAUGAGGAAUUGGUGAGACAGAACGUGGAGCUGUACAUUGCUAAUUCUCAGAAGUAUGCACAAGAGACAGUACUUUCCUUACGUGUGCGAGAAUGGGAGGAUAAAAUGGGGCCACAGCUGCAAGAACAGGAAGAACGAGGUGCUUUUGAUAUUCAUGAUUAUGGCGAUCGUCUAGUUUCACAAUACAACCAAGUAGGAGAAUGGCGCACUUUUGCAAGUCUAAUGGCACAUCGAGAGCCCUAUGAGGUGUGCAGGUACAUGCUUGCAUCUUUGCAGCUGGCCAAUGAUUACACAGUAGAGGUGGCUCAAAAACCAGGGCUCUAUGAAGGUGUAGAUACGAUGACCUUGCGACUCCUAAGUCAACAAAAGGCUCAUGAAAGAUUCAAGACGUACACAGCUCCAUCGCUAUCAAGCAAUUGAUCACCAGUCUCUUCCCUGUGUUUCAAAUUCAGCAGUGACAAGUUCAUCCUUUUGACAAUGGAACACAUUUUACCAAGAUGAAGUCCAGUCAUGGCUUUAAUCUCUUGGCUGCCCGGGGAAAAAAAAGAAACAUACAUGCCAACUGGAUUGUUAAGUGAUGUUGACACGAAGGCUAUACAGAGCAAAAUGCAGGCCUACAACUGUUGCAAAAUGAGGAGAAAAAAAAAAUCUAUUUAAAAACAGAUGCAGUCUUUGUUCAGGUAUUUGCUGGCAGUGGAUAUUUCUCUAUCCACCAUGUUUAGUGCGGAUGGAGGAAUCAAUUCAUUUUUACGGUUCGGCCGAUGGGGCUGAAAUGGAGCCAUGCAUGGCUACUUUUUUACUGAUUGUCUGGUGCAUGUAUCUCCACUACAGGACACAGUACAGCAUGUGCACCCUAAAAGUACACUUUAGGUGCUCCUUCAAUUUGUUAUAUAGUGGUCAUUGAUCUCAGAAAAAAAGUGCUGUGUGGCUGCAGAUUGUUGGUUUUUCCACAGUAUUUCUUUUGUUUUCUUCUUUUUUAAAUCCUCAAAUAAAAGACUAUUUUUUUUUUC